UAACAGGAAGAAACCUUGAGCAGAACCCAGCUCACAUGGAGGGGUACAUCUGCGGAAGACCAGCCGGGUAGAAACAGAGCACAGACAAGAAGAGAAGGAGAGACAAAAUAAACAAACCUUUGUCAUAGCUACAUACAUCAGAUUGAAGGAAACAUGUAGAGUACAGUACAGCGCACUUCAACAAACUAGUCCAACAGGUGAAAAACGUCACCCAGUUUAUCUGUCAACCAACUGCCAGACUGGUUUUAGAAUCCUUACAUACCUUUGGAUUUGCUUUAUUUUUUUAAUGUUAUGAAAAUCAACGUCUGUGAUGUUGAUUUCAAAAUACAAAUAUAAGCAAUGUACGACAUAAAAUGUUACGGAUCAGUUCCUGUAAACAUUCAUGUAGCAGUGGAAAUGUCAACAAUAACCACUGCUUUAACUCAAGCCUGAAAACGUUUGAUAACUCCUCCCUUCUCUCCAACACAAAGUUCUUCGGCAUCACAGUUUAUUUCCUGGUGUCUUACUUUACAGAACUCUGCCAGCUAAAUGAUUGGUGGAAUCACUAUGCUGUCAAACCUGACUAGCCCAGCGAAAUGGGUUGGGCCUCCAGUGUGAUGCUUUCAUUUACUGCUGAGAAAGUUUACUGUUUGUGAGAGAUGAAAUGGCGCAGCGGACUGAGAUGGAUUUCACAAAAAUCUCUUGUUCCAUUUGUCUGGAUCUACUGAAGGAUCCUGUGACUCUUCCCUGUGGACACAACUAUUGCAUGAACUGUAUUAAAAGACACUGGGAUGGAGAAGACCAGAAGGGAAUCUACAGCUGCCCUCAGUGCAGGAAGACUUUCAUACCGAGGCCUGUCCUGGAGAAAAACACCAUGUUAGCAGAGUUAGUGGAGCAGCUGAAGAUGACUGGACUCCAAGCUGCUCGAGCUGAUCACUGCUAUGCUGGACCUGAAGAUGUGGCCUGUGAUGUCUGCACUGGGAGGAAGCUGAAAGCCUUCAAGUCCUGUCUGGUCUGUCUGGCCUCUUACUGUGAGAAACACCUCCAACCUCACUAUGGUGCAGCUCCAUUAAAGAAACACAAGCUGGUGGAGCCCUCCAAGAAGCUCCAGGAGAACAUCUGCUCUCGUCAUGAUGAGGUGAUGAAGAUUUUCUGUCGUACUGAUCAGCAGAGUAUCUGUUAUCUCUGCACAAUGGAUGAACAUAAAGGCCAUGAAACAGUCCCAGCUGCAGCAGAAAGGACUGAGAAGCAGAAGGAGGUGGAGGUAAUGCUACAAAACAUCCUGCAGGAAAUCCAGGAGAGAAAGAAAGAUGUGGAGCUGCUUAGACAGGAGCUGAAGGCCAUCAAAGACUCUGCUGAUAAAACAGUGAAGGACAGUAAGGAGAUCUUCACUGAGAUGAUCCGUCUCCUCCAGAAAAGAAGCUCUGAUGUGGAGCAGCUGGUCAGAUCCCAGCAGGAAACUGAAGAGAGUCGAGUCAAAGAUGUUGAGGAGAAGUUGGAGCAGCAGAUCACUGAGCUGGAGAGGAAAGGCUCCAAGCUGAAGCAGCUCUUAAAGACAGAGGAUCACAACCAGUUUCUACACAACUACCCCUCACUGCCACCACCCAGUGAGUCUACACACUCAUCCAGCAUCAAGAUUCUUCCUCAGAGGAACUUUAAGGACGUGAAAGCAGCUGUGACAGAGACCAGAGAGAAACUACAGGACAUUCUGAGAGAGACAUGGACAAACAUCUCAGUGACAGUGACUGAAGUGGAUGUUUUACUGCCACAACCAGAGCUAAAGACCAGAGAUGAAUUCUGGAAAUAUUCACGUCAAAUCACACUGGAUCCAAACACAGCACACACACUGCUGUUAUUAUCUGUGGGAAACAGGAAAGUAACAUUAAUGGAUCAACCUCAGUCUUAUUCUGAUCAUCCAGACAGAUUCACUGAUUAUCCUCAGGUCCUGAGUAGAGAGAGUCUGACUGGACGAUGUUACUGGGAGGUGGAGUGGAGAGGAGGAGGAGGAGUUUAUAUAGCAGUGGCAUACAAGAAUAUCAGGAGAGCAGGGAAUGAAUGUGGAUUUGGAGGUCCUGUUUCCUCCAGAGUAGGAGUGUACCUGGAUCACAGAGCAGGUCUUCUGUCUUUCUACAGCGUCUCCGAAACCAUGACUCUCCUCCACAGAGUCCAGACCACAUUCACUCAGCCGCUCUAUGCUGGACUUCGUCCUCUUUAUUUUGGAGCCACUGCCAAGUUCAUUAAAGUCAAAUAGACAGAUAGGGCAGGCUUAUGUUUAAUCCUGAUUUACAUAUAUAGGAUGAAAUUGAGAAAUUAGGUGGUAGGCAGUCUUUAUAGCGACUUACAGUUUCUGUAGUAGUUUCUUCACAUGAUUAUACAUCUUUUGUGCACCAUUUUCAUGUUGUUUGACCAAAACCUUUUCAAUAUAUGAAUCUCUACUGUGUUGAUAUGAGGGUCAGCACCUCCAAGUCCAAUGCCACUGUGCUCUCCUAGAAAAUGAUGGAUUGUCUCUUGAGUUGGGGAUGAGUUCCAGCCCAAAGCGAAGGACUUCAAGUAUCUUGGGAGGUUGUUCACGAGUGAUGGUUAAAUGGAGAGAGAUGUUGGACUGUCAUGAUGAAGAGGGAGCUGAGCAAAGCUUUGGAUUUACCAGUAGAUCUACGACCAAAUCCUCACCUAUGUUCAUGAGCUUUGGGUAGUGAUGGAAGGGAUGGCAUUGGGGAUACAAGCAGCUGAAAGGUUGGUUCCUUAGCUGGGUUCACGCUGGGAGAUGAAGAGGAUGAGGAACUGGGACAUAUGGACAAGAGUCAUUGCUCUUUCCAUUUAAAAGGGCCUAGCUGACAUGGUUGGGCCAUCUGGAGAGGAUUUUCCCUGGGCGCCUCCAUCCGGGGGUUUGCCAGAACUGAUGAGCUAGGGAGAGACGCCGGCACAGACCCAGAAUGUUCCCAGAUCUCCCAGGAAACUCAGAUCAAACGUAUGGAAAAGACAUGGAACGGUUCAUUGGUUUUCAGUUGUUAAACACUCUGAUGUCUACAGGGAUGGACAAAUGAAAAACUAUGAUUUGCUAAUUUGACAAAAUUGGCCCGAUUUAGCCGAAUAACUGUUUGCCGCAUUUGUUGAUAAACUGACAGACCAUUGUGUGGCUAGAAAUACAGCAAGUAAGAGUAAUUUAUGAAAAUACAUUAGUUACAUUUGUUGCGUCUCCUGUGAGUAGACAAAGAAAAACCAGUCAAACAAAUUGAACAGAAAUGUUGUACUUCUUUCUUUUUUAUUCAAGAAAAUGAAUCAUUUGUUCAUAUCUGUGAGUUGCAAAAGUAUGUAUACCCUUGUUGUCAGUAUCUAAUGUGAACCCUUGUGCUGUUGUGUAACUGCUGAUCUGACGUAUGAGCCGCUGAUAAUCAUUAGUAAUUACUGAGAAUUUGCAGAAAAGUAGAGAAUUCUGAGGGAGUAUAUUAUCAAGGAAAGAGUUGGGUUAGGGUCUUCAACUGAGUUUGCCAGUAAUCUAACUUGUGGAUCUUUAUGGAAGAUUAAUGUCUUUUAAAAGCAGCUAUUUUGCACUUUCAAAAAAAUUAAAUAAAAUACAAGUGAGAAAAAGUGA